AUGGACGCGGUAGAAGUUACUUGGCCUACACUACUUGCGGCUCGCCAGCAAAAUGAUGCAGCCAACCAGCUUUCCAACAACGUGCACACACCUGCGCCACUUGAAGCACCAGUCAAUUAUGCCGCGCCACAGGAUGCGGCAAUCAAUCACGCCACGCCACUAGAAGCACCGGUCAAUUACAACAUGCCAUUUGGACAGCCAAAUCUCUAUCUACAGUUAUCGCAAAUUUUGGAAUGGGAGAUAUGGAAUCACAAUCAAACGCGUGCUGCGCUCUGCACAGAGCUUGCUCGUCGCGCCGAGACCGAAACUGAGAUACACAUGAAAAGCCAAGAACUCGAAAGAUGGAAAGAAUCUUGUCACAUAGUAUAUACUGCGCUGGAUGAGCACAGAGCAGAAAAUGCGAGCCUUAAGCUUGACAUUGAGGCUCUAACAGCUGAGUUGCGUCAUCGUCGGGAAUUACAGGCUCAGCCGAAGGUGGAAUGCUCAACGCCGCACCUCAAACCAGACUAUGACGGCGGAAGAGAUCUUAAAAAGCUACAUGAGCCUCAAUUGUCAGAAGACGAACACACAAGCUCUUGGCGACUCGGUUUCAUUCGAGACAUUGAUGAUCACUUCAAUGGGUCUGCAGCGAGUAGCUAG